AUGAGGAACACUAUCCUUGCUCUCUCCGCCCUUGCCGGCACCGCUCUGUCCAACCCCCUGGUCACGGGCUUGGAUUUCGCCCAGAUCAACGACGUCGUCGCCACCGCCGUCAACACGGGCGCUCCUGUCGUCGUCUCGGCGACGAGCAGCUACGCCCCCGCCUCUGCCAUCAAUGCUGCCAGCGCCGCGGCCACCGUCGCCGUCAGCGCCGCCGUCAAGGUGAAGCGUCACUUCUCCACUUCGACCUCGACUUCGUGCACGACCUCGACCUCGACCUCGACCUCGACUUCGACCAGCUCCAGCACUUCGACCUCCUCCGUCAUCUCCGUGACCACCUCCUCCUCGACCAGCACCGACGCGGCCAUCGUCGUCCUCCCGACCACGACGGCCCUCUUCUGCACCUCCCUCGCCACCGGCUCGGGCCCCAUCCCGACCCCCGACACGGCCUCGUCCUUCCUCGCGUACGCGCCGUUCCACUCGUCGGCCACGGCGCAGGCGGCGGCGGCGGCGCUGCCGACCAACUACGACCUCUCCUUCACCGACCUCAGCGGCGCGUCGCAGCUGAGCACGUACCUGACGUACAAGACGCUGAGCAGCUACUCGGCCAAGGACUGCGCGUCCUUCUGCGACGCCACGACGCUGUGCACGGGCUUCAACAUCUACUUCGAGCGCGACCCCAGCAUGGACGGCAACAGCGGGCUCUGCCUCGACGCGGCGCUGGCGUCGACCACCAACAUCAAGUGCGCCCUCUUCGGCGGCAGCCUGUCAUCCGCCUCGGCCACCAACACGGGCCAGCUCCGCAACGCCUUCCAGGUCGUCAUCGCCGGCUCCAACGGCUACAACAAGAAGGCCGCCGCCGUCGCCGCGCCCGACUGCAACUCGGGCUCUUCGCAAUCGGGCGGCGGAUGGAAGACGGGCUCGACCUGCCGCGGGUCGGGCAUGAUGGUCAAGGCGGGCGCGCUCGUCGGGCAGCGCUUCUUCGCGGGGCCGUACAACCCGGCGCUGUGCGCGGCCUACGCCGAGGCGCAGACGGCCAAGAACAAGGCCGCCGCGGGCUGGUGGACGCUGUACCGCUACCAGCCGUGCAACUCGUUCAACAGCGUCGCCCUGGUCAAGAACGGCAAGGCCGUCGGCACCUACUGCUCGCUGUUCAACGUCGACGUCACGAGCGGCACGUGCAGCUACGCCGGCGGCAGGAGCGGCGCCGACAGCUUCGAGGUGUCGCUGUCGCACAACUACGCUUGCAAGAACUACGAUAAUGGUAACCUGCUCUGGUGA